AUGAUAGAAGGCGAUUUCUGUCAACUUGAUCUGCUACAGGGACUCCUCAUCAAUCUCGCAUGGGCACACUAUCAAGCUAAACCAAAGAGAUACAUACAGCAUCUACAUCUCGCUACAAGUAUCAUAAGCGACCUGCGCCUCGACAAACCUCGUAGGCCGAAGCUAUGGAGUGCCGAGGGCGGUAAAGAUAAGAACAAGCCAGACUGGGGGCCUGAGGAGAUGAGAGCCCUCGCAGGGACGUAUUACCUAUCUUCAAGCUCGUCUAUUAUUCUUCAGAAAACACGCCAAUUCUUCUAUACGCCAUACAUCACUGCUUGCUGUGAGCACCUCGCGUCUUGGAACGAGUACCCAACGGAUAAAUAUCUUCCAUACAUGAUUACAGUGCAGACGCUCAUAGAAGGAGUUGAAGAUCUCGUCAAUAACACUGUGUCUACUAACAAUGGUCUGCAUUUCUUUUCUGGAUGUCAAGAGAUUUCGCAAAAGUGCACUGAGAUCAAGGAAACACUUCCCUUUCCGCUGAGUGAAAGCCCACCCUUGCUUCUUCAGAUCCAUAUCCUGGAACUUCUUCUAAGUCAAUCAUCGCCAAGAGGGACGUCAUUUGGCCUCGACAAGUUCAACAACCAGUUUGAACAUGAAAGCUCACUUAUAGACUGGCUCUCAGCAAGUAUGUCGGCCGCUCGCUCUCUGAUCAGCGUAAUUCUUGUCAUGCCGCAAGGCGAAGAGAUGUACAUGUCAAACAUGGGCUGGAUUAUGAUGAACUGCGGUCUAAACCUUGCUGUUCGGCUUGAUCUUGUUGCUGCGAGAGGAAGUAUAUCUGGAUCCAUGCAACAUCUUCGUCGGUUCUUGGAUAUGCGACAUACACUUCGUCAACUGGUCUUGCGGUUCGAGGCGACGCCAGGUCAGAAUGCACCAGCAGACCAUCCGUUUUAUGGUCUUGCGAAGCGCAUACGUCGGCUUGAGAAUUGGUAUCUGUCACAGGCGGAGCAUCAAACGCCGGAUUCAUCAGUUUCCAUAAGUCCAUCUGUCAACGAUCAACCGUUAUUGAGCGUCGGUACUGAUGCCAGUGGCAUAUCAGUUGGUGCAUCAAUGCCGUUCAUAGCCGGGCCAUGGCCAAUGAGCUCGGACUGGUAUCAAAACCCUGACCUCGACAUCGGCACUUUCCUUUUUGCAGAUCCUGUUGAGUUUCCCAUCAACUUAGGCUAUGGUACUUAG